UUUUGACGUAAACAACUAUCGUUUUAACAAAUAUCUACCAUGGCUCCAGGAGGUGGUAAAUCUGCAGGAAAGGCGAUGAAGAAAUCGUCCGGCAAGGCCCAAAAGAACAUCGCCAAGUCCGACAAGAAACGCAAGCCAAAGAGGAAGGAAUCCUAUGCCAUCUACAUCUACAAAGUGCUGAAGCAAGUACAUCCCGACACCGGUGUCUCCUCUAAGGCAAUGAGCAUUAUGAACAGUUUCGUCAACGAUUUAUUCGAGCGUAUCGCCGCCGAGUCCAGUCGUCUGGCACACUACAACAAGCGAUCGACCAUCACCAGUCGGGAGAUCCAAACCGCCGUUCGACUUUUGUUGCCCGGUGAAUUGGCGAAGCACGCAGUCAGUGAAGGAACCAAAGCCGUCACUAAGUAUACCAGCUCUAAAUAAUUGAGCUUGUUGCUUCUACACUUUUUAAAAAGGCCCUUUUUAGGGCCACUACACAUUUUUAAAUUUAUAUUUACAACAUAUGAAAAUUAUUAUAUUUGAACAUUUCAGAUUUCAGAUUUAACAUUUAAAUUAUUAAAUCAAAUCUAUUAAU